AUGAAGAUCUAUGCACAAGUGCUGGGCACAGCGACGGGAGAUUCCACCCCAACGCUGCUCAUUUUCUUCGAUCAGAAGCGAUUUCUCUUCAACUGCGGAGAGGGCACCCAGCGUUUUUGCACCGAACACAAGGCACGCGCGCUGCUGACGGUGGCCGAUGCGUUGCAGCACAUGCCCGGUCCGCAGAGCAUCUCCAUCUACGGCCCGCGCCACACGCGCAACUUCAUCACCAGCCUCCGCUACUUCAUCAACAGGAAGCACAUGGUACUGAACGCGCGCGAGUUCGUGGAGGACGCGGCCCAUCCCGAGGCGACGGUGUUCGACGACGGCAACCUGCGCAUCGCCGCCGUGGAGCUCGUCCUCCCCUCGGAGCCCGCCACGCUCGCCCCGUGCCGCUCGGUGGCCCCGCCGGCGCCGGCGCGCCCCCAGCCUGCUGACGUCGACAGUGUCGACACCGCCGACGCGGCCAAAGGGAAAGAGAAAGAGGAGGAGGUGAAGGAGAAGGAAGAAGAGAAAGGCAAGGAAAAGCGAAAGGAAAGCGAAGUCGAGCUGGAGAAGGAGAAGGCGGCCAUGGCCAGCGAGGCGGUCGAGGCCGGGGCGGCGGCGGCCGCGGGGAAUCGGAAGAGAAAGUCGCGAGGCGGUCCGCACCAGUGGGUGUUCUCGUCGGUGGCCGACUCGCCGGCCUACGACCGGGGCGACCGGUCGUCGAGCAUCGUGCUCGCUCACGACGUCGGCCGAAUGGCCAAGGCCACAGCUACGACCGCCGACGACGACGACGGAGCGAGCUCGCCCUCCGCGCACGCGCCCCUGCGAAAACGGGGCCAUGAUGACGAGGCGACGGGUCGAGUGGCGCCGCUGGUGGAGCGAAACGGAGGUCCGUCGACGGCGGUGGUGUGCUACAUCUGCCGAUCGCCCGACCUCCCCGGCAAGUUCGACCCCAAGCAGGCCAAGGCCCUGGGCGUGCCCUCCGGCCCUCUCUUCGGCCGGUUGACCAAGGGAGAGACCAUCAUGAUGGCCGACGGCCGGCAGGUGAAGCCCUCGGACUGCAUCGGCCCGUCGCGCCCCGGCACCGUGUUCGCGAUCGUGCACUGCCCGUCGGAGGCCUACGUCGACGUGCUGGUCCACCACCCGGCCUGGCGCCCCUACACCGGCCCGCAGCCGCAGAUCGCCGCCGGCUGCGUGCUCCACAUCACGCCCCAGCACGUACUCACCCACAGCGACGCCUACCGCGCCUGGAUGCACUCCUUCGGCCCCAACACCCAGCACGUGUUGGUGAACGAGCACGCGUGUCCGCAGCGACCGGUGUUCAUCGGGGCCACGCGCAACCACCACAAGCUCCACGCGCUCCACCCGGGCAUCUUCCCCAUGCCCCACAUCGACUACAGCGUCCCCACCCUCCCCGGCGGGCUGCCCAAGAAGGCGGUGGUGGCCGAGCCGCUGCUCAAAUUCCUUCUCGCCCCGCCCACAGCCGUCGGGUUGGACACGAGCGAGGUGUUGAAGCCGAUCGACGAGCAGGAGGUGGCGGAGGAGAUGGAGAGCAACGAGGAGCUGCGCGAGUCGAGCGCGGUGCUGCGCGCGUGGCUCCGCGCGUUCGAGGGGAGCGAGGCCGCGCUGGCCACCCGACAACGAUUCGGCGGGGCGGAUCGCCAGCCGGAGGUGGUCUUCCUGGGCACCGGCGCCGCCAUCCCCUCCAAGUACCGCAACGGUCCGUCGCCACCCAUCAGCCCCAGCCUCGCCACGUCAUCCAUGCUGACAUUCAUCGGUCUACGUGUCGGUGCCGUCGUUCGGGGGCUGUUGAUGGACUCCGGCGAGGGCAGCUUCGGGCAGCUCGCCCGCCGAUUCGGCACCGAGCGCGCCCUGCGCGUGGUGGCCGAGCUGCAGGUGGUGCUCAUCUCGCACAUGCACGCCGACCACCACCUGGGCCUGCUUCGCAUUCUCGCCAUUCGCCAGGAGCUCAUCGCUGCGUCCCGAUGGAAUUCAAAGAAGCCUGAAACGUCCGAGGCCGAGGCCGAGGAAGAGGAGGCGCUGGUGGUGGUGGGUCCGCCGGCGCUGAAGGAGUGGCUGGACGAGUACUCGUCCCAGAUCGAGCGGCUGGCCUACCGCUUCGUGCCCUGCCACGCCCUCAACCAGCCGCAGCACCCCGUCCGGGGUCAUCUGGAGAGGUCCCUGGGGCUGGUGGAGGUGCAUAGCACGGAGGUGGUCCACUGCCCGUUCGCCUACGGCUUUGCCCUCACGCACCAGUCCGGCUGGAAGAUCGUCUACUCUGGGGACACGCGCCCGUGUGCGCAGCUGGCGGAGGUGGGGCGCGGCGCGACGCUGCUGAUCCACGAGGCCACGUUCGAGGACGCCAUGGCCGACGAGGCCGUCGCCAAAUACCACUCCACCACCACCGAGGCCCUCUCCUCCGGCGCCGAGAUGGGGGCCGAGUUCGUGGCGAUGUUCCACUUCAGCCAGAGGUACCCCAAGAUUCCGGUGGUGGAGUCGAGCGCCGCGGAGCACAUGGGCAUCGCCUUCGACCUCAUGUCGACGCCGCUCCACCUCCUGCCCGAAGCCGACGACGGCGACGACGAGGAGGCCGCCGCCGCCGCCACCAAGUCAUAA